AUGAAAGGUUAUUUCGACGCAACAUUAGAAAUAAAUAAUUGGAUGAAAUUUAUCAGAUCGACGUCUGGAAAAAAUCAAAAUUUAAAACAUUUUUUGCUGACGGGUCAGCUAUUAAGUCGCGAUGUUAUUUAUUUAUUUUUGGUAAUUUACGUAAACCGGAAAAUGAAUUAA